AUGCGGGAACGCAACCAGACCACUGUGACAGAAUUCAUUUUGCUGGGCUUCGCCCCCAACCCCAGGACCAAUCCUCUGCUCUUCACUUUCUUUCUGAUCUUCUACCUGCUCAUCCUCCUGAGCAACAGCCUCCUCCUCACGCUCAUCCAGCAGGACUCACGCCUUCACACGCCCAUGUACUUUUUCAUUGGUGUUCUCUCCAUGCUGGAUGUGUGUUACACCACUACCACUGUGCCUCAGAUGCUGGUGCAUAUCCUCAGCAAGAAGAGAGCCAUCUCUUUUACAAGAUGUGUGGCCCAGAUGUACAUCUUUCUCCUCUUUGGGGUCACUGAGUCCUGGCUUUUCUCCAUCAUGUCUGUGGACAGGUAUGUGGCUAUCUGCCACCCGCUAAGGUACAAGGUCAUCAUGAGCCAUGGGAUGUGUCUCCUAAUGGUGGGUAUCUGUGCCACCUACGGUGUGGUGGGUGGCCUGUGCUAUACCUUCUUUGCUAUGCGACUGCCCUAUUGUGGUCCUAAUGAAAUUGAUCACUACUUCUGCGAGGUCCCCGCUGUUCUGAAGUUGGCCUGUGCGGACACAUCCCUCAAUGACUUGGUGGACUUCAUCACGGGCUUCAAUGUCAUCGUGGUCCCUCUCUCCCUCAUUGCCAUUGUCUAUGCCAACAUCUUCACCACCAUCAUGAAGAUCCGCUCAACCCAGGGGAGGAUCAAGGCCUUCUCCACCUGCGCCUCCCACAUCACUGUGGUCACUAUGUUUGCCAUCCCAUGCAUUAUCAUGUACAUGGGUCCUGGCUCCGGCUCCUUAUCAAACAGUGGCAAGAAAAUGGCCCUCUUCUAUAACAUUGCCACAGCCUUCCUUAACCCUGUCAUCUACAGUCUAAGGAACAAGGACGUGAAAAACGCUUUCCUUAAGUUGGUGGGAAGGAGUGGGGCUCCAAAGUGA